UCUUGAGCAGCAUUAAUCGUAUAGUGUUGCCGUUGAAGCAUGUUUCUAAGAUUGGCAAAGCAUGAUUGUGAUAAGACCAAAUACAUACUCUGCUAGAUUCAAGAUGUGGAAAUAGAAAAGGUAGCUGCUCCGCGCGGGUCUGACUGACCGAGCUUGUAUUCGGUCAUAUCUACUUAGCCUCUACCUUAUCAUUCUGUUAUGUUGAAACGGACUAUACAAUUCAGAGAUGCCAGAUAUUUUCAUAGAAAAUCUGUAUUGCUUUGUAUAAAAAUUUGUAUUUAUCUGUAUUCCCUAAUCAAAUGAAAUUUCUACAAUAAAACGAUGAUGCUUCCAAUAGAUUGUGGUUAUAGAAUGGUAGAUUCAAUGGGCAUUUAUUCUUCAUAUCUUUGUAAGUCAGAACCACGCUCAUAGGUAUAUUCAACGACAAAAUGUAAUAGCUUUUUUAUCAACAACAAUUGAAUUGUAAUUCCAUAUACUUAUCUAGUUUGAAAAUGUUGACUUCAUAAGUUGACUUGGCAUUCCAUUGUGCAAUAUGUAACGUCAAGUCAUGUCAUACAACUCUCAACAGUCUGACAAUAAAGUUUCAUGAUGCCAUGACUUCCUUGAAUAUCAAUUCAAACUAUAAUAUAAAUGUAUUUCAGUGUUCAUCACUUGCUUCAUCAUCAAAUAUUUGCAGAAAAUAGUUCCAUUUUAUUUGUGAUUUGUCAGUUGAAUCAUAAACUUUUAUCUCGUCACUGCAAUCAAAUACUAAAAAGACUAGACGGAAAAGUUUGAUUUUUUCAUUUUUAAAAUCUGUACUCUGUUAUAAAUCUGUAUGCGCAUGCAAAAAUCUAUAUAAAUGGCAUCUCUGAUACAAUCGCAAAUGGUCAGUGGUGAUUUCGUAUGGAAAUCGUCACAAUAUGACGUGUUGUUGUGUUGGUAAACGUAGGCUUGGUACCGUUAUCGUAGUAAGUUUGCUUUCGAUGUUGGGGUACGUUCGCGCAGUGUUUUGUUUACUUCAUGUUUUCCCUUCGUUAGCAAAAACAGACAUGCUCGUGUUCAUAAUUCAAAAUUUCACACUUCAUUUCUGGUUGGUUUGACCCACCAGCCGGGAUCUAAAGAUAGCAAAAUUCACUGAAAGUUUAUAUUUUGCACCAAACUAUUCUAUAUUUGCUGCAGAUUUUUUUUAUAGUAGUCAUAUAUAUGGCGUAGUAUGUCGUGACGCCCAGGGAAGUACGUUUUGAAUCCACGCAAUCAAAACCUACUUCUCAAGGCCUAGGAUGUGUUUUUUUCUGGAAUGAGUCCAAAUAUAUCAAUCUGACAUCCGAGAGAAUGAGUGUUGGUAUUUUAAGCGAUCACUAUUAGCGCAGCGGCAUUGAAUGAAACAGUUCAUUUGGCAAAUUAUUUGCUUGAGCUGUCGUAAAAUAGAUAGUAUUUUAAUCAAGUGCAAUUUGGAGAUACUUGUAGCUUAUUGAGCGUUUUUUUUUGGCGAUUAGUGUGCGUGAUUUAUUUUCAGAUCCACGAAAAUUCGUUUAAUCAUAGAUAAGAGUUAUUUUUGAUAUGUAAAUUUAUUACACGUCCUUGUGCAUAAAUCUAUGCACAUAGUACAACUAUAAAAUUACGGAUUUGAACAUUAAUUGUAAAUUUUUAAAGUAUUUGAAGAACAGUGUGAUUGAACUAAUUAUUCAAAGCUAUAGAUAAUCAUUUAAUCACGUUUACGUUGCAAACAUUCUCUACUAAUCCUUGCAUCUAACCUAUGCAGAUGCGUAAAAACGAAGCUAACUGAUCAUGACAUACCGCAUGGGCUUACGAAAACAUGCCCGAUCUGGUCUGGUUGUUUUGCACUCUGCUGUCCUGCGCAGAUCUGCGUCCGGUCUCGGCACAGACUCGGUCUGCUUCGGUUAUUACCGUGUCAGUUUCCCUUUGUGCAUGGCACCAAUCAUGCUAACGUUUCUGGGAUGCGCCAGUCAUACCGAAGCAUUUAAAGAAGCCGGUUUCUGAGAGAGACGGAUCUGCAACUGCCCAGAGUAUCAACCGUUCUGCAACGUGGUCUAGUUUUUUUCUGCGACGUACAGCAAACACGCUAAAUAUAGCAGUGAAUAGUAUUGUGUUUUUGUUUUUGGGUUUUGCCGGAAUUUGGACUGUUGCCGGUGAAGUAACGCAUCUUUGGUGAGAUUUUAGUAGAUAGCAAAACGUGUCUUAGCCCCCCACGAACACCAUCGCCAUCUUUUUAAUUUCUUUGCUCAAAAUUUCAACUACAUUCAUACUACACAGAAUAAUAAAAAUUGCGGGUUGUAGAGGGUUAAGGUUAAGAUACACUUUUAUGGGAAAAUGAAUUACUCAUUCGGAACGGGACAUGGAAGUACAAGUGGCGGUUGAUUGACAUUCGUUUGAUUGAAAAAGGACGAAGGCGAAAAAUAUUGCGUGUCAGAUGUUUCCUGUAAUGUCGCCUUCGUUAGCGCCGCGGUAUUUGGAACACUAAUAUUAGUCGUAAUUAAAUUGCAUGUUUAGCUGCUUGCCUGUAGUUCAUUUCACAAUUAUCUGACCUUUAGUGCAGACGUAUAGUUGGUGUUCUGCUGUUAAGAAUAAGGAUCUACGCCAUGGUUAGACAAGGUCCUCGCCCUCUGGUCAUCUGUGGCCCGUCGGGGUCCGGUAAAAGUACCUUGUUGAAAAAGUUGUUCAAGGAAUUCCCAGAUACUUUUGGAUUCAGUGUAUCGCACACGACCAGAAAACCGCGUCCCGGAGAAGAAAAUGGUGUUCACUAUCACUUCGUUUCGGUGGAGGAAAUGCAGGCCGCCAUCGAGAAUGGAGAGUUUAUCGAAACUGCCGUCUUCAGUGGCAAUAUGUAUGGUACCAGCAAAAAAGCAGUUGAAACUGUCCAACAUCAUGGCAAAGUUUGUGUUCUCGAUAUCGAAAUUGAGGGCGUUAAACAGGUGCGUAAUUCGGAGCGCUUGAAUCCGCUGUUGGUGUUUAUCAAUCCACCAUCCGUGGCCGAAUUGGAGCGCAGGCUGCGUGGUCGUAAGACCGAGACGGAGGAGAGUUUACAGAAGCGACUUAAUACCGCAAGGGUCGAGAUUGAGUAUGGGAAUACCGCUGGAAACUUCCACAUCGUAGUCCACAACAGCAAUUUGAAGCAGGCGUACGCAGAUUUGCGAGAUUUUGUCGUGCGUGAAUUGGAAACACAACAGAAUCAAGAUAAUCGUUUUAUACCAACGUUAGUUACAGGAUACAAGGGGAUUGAAGCCUGAUCUGUUUCAUUAGAUAAAACAGGGAUGUGUAGAUGCGUAAUUACUGUUUGUGUAUUGUUAAAAGAAAAACUAGUGCUGCAAACACACACAUACAUUUACUCUGGAUGCUUUUUCAUAACAUAAUGAAUUAUUUGUAAACAGUCACGACAGUAAUCAACUCCCACUGAAAGUAGCUGUUAAACAAAUACAAAUUUACUAUUGUAAUUAGAGUUCAGAAGUGUUGAUAAGGAAAGAAUGAUCGAGGAGGAAUGAAGACAUAAGUUAUAAGCUAUUUACAAGGCCGAUGGGAAAUUAACUGCUUUUUCGUUGUUAGCAAUGAUUUCUAGACUGUUUUGAUCCACUUUUCUUCCUCAUAUUUUACGUGAUCAGUUUUUUUUCUUUCUACCAUGUGACCAACCGGAUUGAGGGCUAGUAUUACGAAAUAAAUAAGAUCCAACAAAACCAAUAGAGAGGCAAGGAUGACCUGUCUUGACAGUUUAUUUUUAGCAUGCUUUUUGGAUCGUGAAAUAUUCAUUACUGAGCCGGAAGGUACACUGUAUGUAAUAAGAACGAUUUUAAAUUAAAGGAUUUGUUUAUCCUUUUCAAACGACGGUCCUUUAGUAUAUACCAAUAAACGAUGUUUAACUUUUAGUAAAUAUAUGGAA